AUGAAAGUAUCAACAGGUUUUGUCGUGGCUGCCUUGGCUGCAUUAAGUGUCAGCGUUAACGCUCAGUCAGCGAGUACAUCCGGCCUCGCGUCGGGAUCUUCGGACCCUAGUACGGAACAAACGCUCCCGGCGACAUCAAGCUCGGCCACUGAGACGGGUGGGUCGUUGCUUGAAGGUUUGGAUGAGGGCUUGACGACCGAUGAGACUAGCUCCCUCGAGGCCUCGUCAGGUGAGACUAGCUCGCUCGAGGGCUCCACGACGGAAUCAUCAGGCGAUACAACCUCGUCGUCGCUUACGGAACAGCUUCCAUCUUCAGGUUCUUCGGAAAUGACAGAGACUUCAUCGGGUUCAACAACCGAUUCAUCCGAGGAGACGACUCCGACCGAGUCGUCCGGUGAGACCGAGACUGAGACGAGUUCCACAGGUUCAACGGAGCAGUCCACGUCCGAAGGUGGCUUUACGGAUGAGCUGAAAUCGAUCUGGGUGGAACGUCACAACUACUUCCGAGUGCAGGCUCUGCCUUGGUCAGCAGGAAACAUGCAACGAAUGAACUGGGAUGAGGACCUGGCAAAGGACGCCGCCGCUGCGGCUGCGAGUUGCGCGGCUAAAACGACCACCGAGUCGGCAACCGACGAUGAGGAACCGGGUACAGUGAAGCCCAGCUCAGCCACGGGAUCGUCUUUCAGGAACCAGGAAUCGACGCCGUCAUCGGGAUCGGCGACGACCAGCUCGGGCAGCACCCCCAGCACGGAUUCGACCAAGCAGGAGGACUCGACUAAACAGGAGGAGGACUCAACUAAACAGGAAAGCAGCAAGCCGGCAUCCUCGGCUACGGGCCCGACGACUGCAGUCUCGGCCAAGAACGAGUCAAGUGUCGCUACUGCCGCGGGUGCUGCGAUCUCUCCAGCAGGUAUCGCCGGUAUUAUCGUGCUGGGAGUCGUGGCUGUGGCCGCAUUGGCAGUAUUCGUAAGCUACCGCAAGAACCAGCAACGGCAGCGGGACAUCAUGCGCGACGGCGGUAUCCAAGUCAUUUAAGUCCCAGGCAAAUUCCAAGAAGCUCGUAAUAGAUCGAGCCAACGUGAUGAAGCGUACGCGGUGUGCGUCGUCGCAGGUGAAAGACAGAGUGAGAGAUACAAUAGCGCGGCGAGGCCACCAAAUGUGAGCAUAAAGUCAAUCGAAUCCGGUUUAGUUUUAUC